ACACAUCCCAGUGGCUAGUUUGUGUAGUGCAUCGAGAAAGAGCGCACAGGCCACAGGUGUGAUAAUUGGGUGUGAAAUACGCAGCAUGUUCACGCGGAUACCUUAACGGCAGACUUCUCUUUCAAAGAAGGAGAAAUAGGCUGAGAGUAUUGGUCUUUUGAAAGUGUUCUGUCUGAUUUCGAUUAAAAAUGGCUUCAUUGCGAGUAGCAGUCCGAGUCCGUCCGUUGAACAAAAGAGAAAAGCAGUUAUCAUCGAAGCCGAUAAUUCACAUGAAGGGGAAGUCUACAUCUAUUGGAAAGCCUUCACAUAUUCGAGGGGAUGAGCUGAAGGACAGAAGAAAGACCUUUUCUUAUGACUUCUCGUACGAUUCAACUGACAGAGGAAGACCCACAUUUAUAUCCCAGGAGAGGAUUUAUCAUGACUUGGGGUGUGAUGUCCUGAAAUCUGCAUUUGAGGGUUUCAAUGCCUGUGUGUUUGCUUAUGGCCAAACAGGCUCAGGAAAAUCUUACACCAUGAUGGGUCACACAGAAGAUAAAGGUUUAAUCCCACGGAUCUGUGAAGGCUUGUUCUGCGAGAUCUCUCGUAGAGAGAGUGAUGUCGUGUCAUUCCAUACAGAGGUCAGCUAUUUAGAGAUCUAUAAUGAACGUGUGCAGGACCUUCUCAAGAAGAGAACUACACCCACAGAUGGAGGCUUGAGAGUGAGAGAGCACCCCAGGGAUGGACCCUAUGUAGAGAAUCUUUCCAAGCACUUGGUACACAACCACAGUGAAAUGGAGGACCUGAUCAUUCUCGGCAAUGCCAACCGCACCACAGCCAGCACAUCCAUGAAUGACCUUAGCAGCCGCUCCCACGCCAUCUUCACCAUCAGCUUCACACAGGCAUGGUUUGAUUGGUUUGAUGCAGAGUUGCCACGUGAGAAGCUGAGUAAGAUCCACCUGGUGGACCUGGCAGGCAGCGAGAGAGCUGAUGCCACGAACGCCACAGGCUCCAGGCUGAAGGAAGGUGCCAACAUCAACAAAUCCCUGGGCACCCUGGGCAGUGUGAUCUCAGCUCUGGCUGAUCUUAGUGUGGGAGGACAGUCAACAAAAAAGAAGCAGAUCUACAUUCCUUACAGAGACUCUGUGCUGACAUGGCUACUGAAAGACAGCCUUGGUGGAAACUCUGUGACUACUAUGAUAGCAACCGUCUCUCCUGCUGAUGUGAACUAUGUGGAGACUCUGAGCACGUUGCGCUUUGCCAGCCGAGCUAAAACCGUAGUGAACUCUCCCACGGUGAACGAAGACGACAGCGUGGACAUGAUCAGAGAGCUGCAGGCAGAGAUUACCAUGCUCAGAAGGCAACUACAAGAAGCCAAUCAGGUUUCCCGUGGGGAGCCAUCAUCCUCUGUGAAGGUAGAAGAGGAGCUGCAUCAGAAUGAGACAAGGGAGAAGACUGUGGUGUUGAGGAAGGAGGGGAGUGGAGUGAUCCUGGACUGCCAGUUACCUCAUCUGAUUGCCAUUGAUGAAGACCUGCUCAGCACUGGAAUCAUCCUGUAUUAUUUGAAAGAGGGCAGAACCCUGAUUGGGAGUGACGAAGCAUCAUGCAGUCAGGAUAUUGUGCUUCGGGGGCCUGGGCUCCUCAGUGAACAUUGUGUGCUUGAGAGCCGUGCUGGGACCGUGACUCUGAUCCCUCAGGAUGGUGCACUGUGUUUAAUCAAUGGCUCUGUGGUAACUGAUCCCUGCCAGCUGACUCAGGGUGCCAUCACACAGCUAGGAGGAGGAACCAUAUUCCGGUUUUACCACCCGAAUAAGGCUGCCCAACUCAGAGAGCAGCACCAGAACCGGCUGCUGUCUGCCUUCAGCUUGCCCUUGACUGACAUGUCCAAAUCGACUGAGAAUCUGUCCAAAGUGAUGCAGCAAAACCCAGGGAUGGACGAGAAGCUCAACCAGAAGGGAGUGGAAUGGCAGCAGGUCCAAGAAAACCUGAACAGAUGUAACCAGGACAUCAAAAGACUUUCAAUGGAUAACAGUGGGGCUCCCCAUCAACCGAGAGCAGAAGAGAAGACAACAGGGGCAGAGAUGGAAGAGACUGGCAAUGGCCAGAUGGAUACGCUGGCUGCAGAGACAGCAGAGUCCAAAGUGCCAAGCAGCUGUCUUACCUCUGCCACAAUAGAGACUGCAGCCAAACCUGGAAAAUAUCCUGUCCGUCACACUAGUUCUGAGUUGGAUGGAGACGCACUACAGGGCGGGAUAAGCACCAGGGAUGGCCAGGAGCAGGAGAGGCACUUGUGUCAUAAAUCAGUGCCAUGGCUCAUAUCCGAGUGGCUGUGGAGUAAAGCUCAGAGUGGCGCUGGAGUUGCAAGUUAUAAGGGAGAGGAGGUUUGGUCAGGGGAUGCCAGCCUCCAGCAGACAAGUGUCCUGGGCCCGGGUGAUGGAUGCGGCACGAAGCUAGAGGGGAAUGCUAACGAGAUCAAAGGCGUCGUGGCUGACUGCUGCAAGGAGAGACCUGGCUCUGGUGGGAGCUCAUUAGGCAGCAUGUCCCACCUGCAGAGCAGCAGAGGAACGAGCUCCACGUCUGUCCUCCCACAGACCAGCACUCAUUCUCAGCUCGACAAAAGGCCUCUCAGCAGUCAGGCAGCCUGCUGUCCACCUGAAGAAACUACCUUCAAAGGCCAGUUUGGCUGUGGAGAAAUGGAUGGAUCAGGAAGUUUGGAGGAGAUCCCGGGAGUGUGUGUGACUGAGACGGCAGCAGCCACAAUGCAACACUCAGGGCUGGGCUCUUUGGUCAGCAGAGCUUCUUGGAUUGUCCAGGAUGCAGGGCGUCUCCUUUGGAGCUCCCCCACAGUAUUGCAGCAAGUCAGGGAAGAGGGACUACAGCCUGUUGGGGCCCGCUGGUCCAGUCAUGUUGUCUCUCUGGUCAGGGAAAGUAAUGUUCUGUCUGUAGUAAGGGACAGCCAGGUCUUCUCCAUGGUUAAAGGGAGCUUGGUCUUCUCUUUGCUGAAGGAUAGUCACAUUUUUUCCAUGGUGAAAGACCUACCUCUCAUACAGCACAUCCAGAUGGAGAUAACUCAAAACCUUCAGCCUGAGGAGGCAGCUCAGAUGAUUCAAGGCUGCAUUAUUCCUGACACCACACGACUCCCCGUCCCGACACCAACACAAACCUUUUGCAGGGCAGACGAAUUGCCAGAUAGCUUGCCACUAAUCCCAGAAGAUAUGUUGACAAGGAAUAAGAGUAUUGGUGAUCUGCGGUUACCACAAGAGCAAGACAUGGCUGAUAUUCAUGUAAAACAGGGAGACAAACUGACUACAGAGCUAUUGGCAGUGAAACUCAUCGGUGAGCCAGAGUUUUCCCAUGCACCUGGAGACAAACUGAUCACAGAGCUCUCGCCAGUAAAACACAUCAGCGAGCCAGAGGUUGCCCAUGCACCUGGAGACAAAGAUCAGGCAUUGGAGAACUCCAGGACUGUGCAGAACAAAAACAAUGUCAAAAUCUUUACUCAAACAUUGAUAGAAUUUCCUGAUUCCCUUUUGAAGCUGCAAACUCUGCCAUUGCCAGACAUGAUGGACACUUUACAGUCUAUCAUCUCCACCUCGGUGCUCACCUUCCAGGAGAUUGUCGCGCUCUAUUGGCUGAAUGUUGCUAAAUGCAGCCAACCUGAGCCCCGUCCUGCCCUACUGAUCCUGGCAGAGACUGGCCUCUACACCCUGACCACUGACUCUGGCCUCCUGGCUGUGUUCCAUCAACUCCCCUUGUUGCAGCUGAAAGAGGUGCAGAUAGGCUUAGCAGGCCACAGUCUGCGUUUGAUGAGCACUACAGAGGAGAGCAUCCUGGGUGUCUACACCCACAGCCAGCAGCUUACCAAAGAGCUAUGCUGGGCCAUACUUGGUGUCACCUGCCCUGGGGACAACAGGGUCUCUCAGCACCCACUGCUCCAUGGAGACUUGAUGAAGUUGUCUUUAGACUGGAAUGCCUGUGUACCUGACCUGCUGCUGGAUGCUGGUUUAAGGGUUCGCUGCCAGUUUCAGAAAAGUCUUGCUGAUCUGGUUUACCUUCUUCAUUGUAACUUGGAUCAAAAAAUAGUAACUCUGGGAGAAGUGCAGCUGCUACUAUGCACAGGUGUAGGGGUGUGCAUCAGCCCCAGUAGCCACACUGAGGCUCUAGCCCAGCUUUUUCUUACUGAUACCCACCUUGGCCUAGUGCAGGAGGAUGCUGUCUUUCACCCGACUCCACGCUCUGUCACCAUAGCGCCCUGCUGUCCCCAAUUCCAUGACUUAAUUCUCCGCGAGCGCUCAGAUGUGCGCUGUGUGCUGGUGCAUGAUGAAGACAAGCACGGAGUUGUCAGACUGGAUGUAAUCCUGGCAAAUGUGGGGGGCAGGGGUCACCCUGAAAGCGUGACUAAGGCAGCUACCCCGCCUGCAAAAGCUUCAAAUUCAUCCCCGAAUGCAGAAGUGUGGAAAUUAACUUUCAGUUGCUCCUCUGAGGCUGCCUGCCUGAUUAAUCACUUGUCAAAUGUCUGAUCAAGGACUGAACAGCCAGUAAUGAACAGCCCAGCUUGAAAACUCUCACUCACAGGGAGCCAAAAGUGCAUCCCAAACAGACAACGCAAAUGACAUCUUCAGUGGCAAAUGACAGUGAAAACUAUGACCUAGUUUGAAGUUUCCGUAUUGAUUUGUUUCUCUGAAGUUUGUCAUGUUAAUAAUGCAUGGCUUUAGCACUUAUCUUUAAAACCCUUGACUUUCUUUGUUCUUGCAUUGUUAUUGUUCUUUAACCACUAGCCCCCCUAAUUAAAUAAUUAAGGGUUGAUGGUUCAGGAUUAAAACAUGUUUGUACUGGUGUCAUUUGUUUCAUAGGCAUACUAUUUUUUUUUUUUUCUUUUUUAAAGGAUCUUAAAAUACAAAUCCCACUAAAUUAUCUCAGUCAUGUUUAUUAAAUUGUGUGUAUAUAAAUGUAUGUCAAGUUAAGGUUAUUUUUAUUUAAAAAUAGAUUUAAUGAAAUGAAUGUGUGAAUAUGUUUGUUAAAAUAAAAGGAAUGUAAAUCCA